AUGUUUCUUAAAACUUUGAUCUUCGCUACUUUACUAGCCGGUAUCAACUGUAGGUACGUGUUGCUGGAGAAAGAUGAUAUACCGGUGUACCUUGAUGAUGUAGAGCAUACCAGGGUACGAAGACAGUCACAAAUUGGAGUAGGCGUUGAUAACAAGGGCAAUUGGGAUUUGGGAGGUAAAACGCCCAUCGCUGGAAACGACAGGAAUAUUUUGAGUGCUACUGGUUCAGCGGCAAUGGACGCUAGCCACAAGUUGACGUCUUAUGGCGCUGGUCUUGCCUUGGACAAUGCCAACGGCCAUGGACUAAGUCUCUCAGCAAAACAGAUCCCAGACUUCGGAAAGCAACUGACUGCGGCCGGAAGACUCAAUGUCUUGAACACUCCUAACCACAAUCUGGACGCCAACGCGUUUGUCACCAAGAAUUUGCCUAGCAUCCCCAAUGUACCGAAUUUCAACACCUACGGUGGUAACUUGGACUAUAUGUACAAGAACAGAAUUGGUGGAUCACUAGGAGCUGCCCGCACCGACUUUCUGCAAAGGACAGACGUCUCAGCACUUGGAAAACUGAAUCUCUUCAAGUCUCCGAGCUCCAGCUUCGAUUUCAAUGCUGGAGCAACGCGUUCCUUCUCCCCCUUCAUCCCUAAAAGUAGUUGGCAACCAACCUUCGGAUUUAGCUUUGGAAAGUCUUUCUAG